AUGUUUUAUCUACCGCUCUGGCUCCGUCUAUAGCCUGAUAUUCUUUUUGAACAGCGACGCCGUCGUUGCAUAUCAUCUAUUGACGGGCUUUGCAUUUGUGAAACCGGAUGCGUGUGGAAUAACUGGUCCGCCAUCAAAUUCUCCAUGAAAAUACUUGGCCGCAGCCAAAGUUACUUGCCUAUCCUUACCCUACAGGGCAAUGUUUCUUUCCAUAUAAUUUGCAAUUUGUAUGCUGUUUAAGUUCGGGUCAGACUUAGAACAAGACAUUGAUUGUGUUGUUCUGUACAUAAAAGAGACACAGCUAGACAUGUUUCUCUCUCAAAACUCAGAGGGUAAGUAGGCUACUACUGCCGUCAAAAUAUUAGUAGGCUACAAAAGGAAAAUUAAUGAAAAAUGAAAAAGUCCAAACAAAAUGGAGAUAGGAUGGAGACGGAGCCUUUGCUCGGAGAUAUCGAGGAAAAACAUGUGCAAAUUGAGUCUCCCAGCAGAACACUGGUUAUGGCUGCCUGUGCCUCUUGCAUUGGAGGGACUUUUCAAUACGGAUUUAACAUCUCUGUUGUAAAUGCACCCACAAAGUAUGUGAUGACGUUCAUCAACCAGACAUGGAUGGAGCGAUACGACACGGAGAUAUCAGAGCACCGUGUGACCCUCCUCUGGUCUAUCAUCGUGUCCAUUUUCACCAUCGGUGGACUUGUGGGCUCGUAUGCUGGUGGAGUUUUGUCGAUCAAGUAUGGAAGGAAAGGGACAUUGAUGAUGAACAACAUAUUUGCUUUGCUUGCAGCUUUUUUCAUGGGAAUUAGCCAGACUACACAUUUGUUUGAAUUGCUCAUCAUUGGACGUUUUCUAAUUGGCGUAAAUGCAGGUAUUGGCUCAUGUGUCCAGUCCCUCUACCUGGGAGAGAUCGCCCCUCGGGCCCUGCGCGGGGCUAUGGCCAUGGGCACCUCCGUGUUCAUCACAGGGGGCAUUUUUGUGGGUCAGUUGGUCGGACUGCGUGAGUUGUUGGGGGGAGAGGAGUACUGGCCCCUCCUGCUGUCCACCACCUGUGUCCCAGCAGCAAUGCAGCUCCUCCUUCUGCCCUGGUUUCCAGAAAGUCCCCGUUACCUGCUGAUAGACAAAGGGGACGAGCGUGCGUGCGAUGAGGCACUGAAACAGCUUCAUGGUGCAGAUCAAUACCAUGGAGAGAAGGCAGACAUCGAGAGGGAGAGACUUGAUGCUCUCGGAAUCAGACCCAAGAAGCCCUGGGAACUGUUCCAGGAUCGGAGUCUUCGCUGGCAGCUCCUCACAAUCAUUAUCUUAAACAUGUUCCAACAGCUCAAUGGCAUCAAUGCGAUCUAUUUCUAUGCAGAUUACGUGUUUUCCCAAUCAGGGAUUCCAGAAGAUAAGAUUCCUUAUGUGACACUUGGCGCUGGAUUAUCCGAGCUUUUUACUGCUCUUACCUGUGGUCUGCUGAUUGAGUCUCUGGGCAGGAGAGCACUCAUCAUCGGGGGAUACUCACUCAUGGCCUUCUGGUGCUUCUGCUUCACUCUUGCUCUCACUUUCCAGGAUGUCAGCCCAUGGGUGCCGUAUCUCAGUAUGAUCUGUGUCUUCGCUUUCAUCCUCAGCUUUGGCUUGGGACCAGGUGGCGUCACCAACAUUUUAACUACGGAGCUGUUCACCCAAACCACACGCCCUGCUGCCUACAUGAUCGGACUGUCAGUUAACUGGCUCAGCUUCUUCGGCAUUGGAAUGGCUUUCCCAUUCAUUGUGGGUGGGCUAAAGCAGUACUGCUUCCUGGUGUUCUUGGUCGUCUGUGUUAUAGUGGCCAUCUACAUAUUCCUUGUAGUACCAGAAACUAAGAGCAAAACCUUUCUGGAGAUUCAUGCUGCAUUCCAAUUCAAGGGUAGAAAAGACGGGGUUGGAGCGUCACUAUUGUCAGGUUCUUUGUGAAAUUAACAAUUUCACUCAUUGCAAAGGGACCUCACAAUUUUGUAACUGAUGCCUUUACCUGCGUUUAACUUGUUUGGUUAUCAUAAAACGUUUUUCCAUGUGAUCAAGAAAUAAAGACAUGAACACUUAGUCUUUUUUAAUGAAUGCUUUUUACGCUCUGUAAAUUAGAUUUCUUACUCAGGCAGCCAUAAUUUGUUUUGAAAAGAGUCUUAAGGGGCAUUCACAUACGUCGCUACUCGCACAUCGCUCCUCGCUUCCGUUAACUGUCAAUCAUCUCUAUUCUACAUUCUGAUUUGGUACUCGCUUUACUCGCUUCACUCGCAUCGCUGGAAGUUAAAAUUAUUUGAACUUUGUACCCGCCCACAUCGCAUCGCUAGACCUCGCAUCGCCUGUCCUGGCCACAUUCAGCUAGAACACAUUCACUUUACAUUGACAGUACUCGCUCAGAGAUGGGCGAGUAGCGACGUAGGCCUAUGUGAAUGCAGCUUAACCUUACCUAGAAUUCAUUGCACCAUAGUCCUAUUUAUGCCGCAUUCCAGGCAACUGGGAGGUCCGAUGUGUCACACUUGGAGUUCACAAAGUCUGACCUCAAAGAAGCGAACAAUGUCAGAGCAAUGUCAGGUGAACAAUGUUAGAAAUAAACUAAGGACAUGGCUGACUGUGAGAAGUUGACAUAUGUUUUAUUUUUGUAAAGGCUAUUAGAUUGUCAGCAGUCCAUCCUUAUAGAAACCAAUAGAGAUGGAAAAAAGAAUGUACAGUAUGAGGUAGCAGACCCCAUUCGACCAUACUUUAAACACGGCCUUCUUUUUUCGUUUCAAUAGCCUGGUAAACUUUAGGCACUGCCAUUGUUGUGUGACAUCAGAUUACUACAUCUCAACGAAGUCCGGGUACAUCGAUUUACCCUGACCUGCCAAGUAGGACCUCUCACCUUGACCGAAAUUCCAAUGUGAUUCUUGUAGGUUAGAAAUUCCAGACCUUCCAGUUAUCUGGAAUGCGGAAAGAUAUGGGAUAAGAUAUGGGCCUUGGUGUCUGCUCCUCAUGAUACUCCUGGCUGUUGCCUUCGUUUUGCCCCUGUGUCCUGUCCCAUGUCUUCCUUUAUUUAUCCUUGCCAUGUGCUUCUGUUUCAGGCUGGGUGAACCCUGCCUGAACUUCCGGGGAAUUUGAAUUUGCCCCGACAGCUCAGGCUGGAAACAAGCAGAUCUAUGUUCGCUGUUUACUGCCAGAACCUUUGGCGCCAAUCAGAAACGGCCAUACUCUAGUCCUGGCACGCUAUUGGCCGGUGAUAGACUAAUGUUCAACCUUAAAAGAUUGAGUUUAGUAUAGACCUCUGAAAUUUGCCUACAAAAAGGAUCCAAAGCUGCCAUCUUUGCCCAUAUAAGGAGAUCCGGGAGUUAAUUGAAGCUAACUGCCUAUGGCAAGUUGCAUGGUAAGUUAGCUCUGGGGUAGCAAAGACAAAGAUCAAAGUGUGCCGUCUUCACCUACCGAAGAUCACAGUAUCCACUAAACGGCUGUGGACAAAACUGUGUAGUGAAAAACGUCUGCAUUUCCAAUGUCAUCAUCCCCGCGAGAGUUUAAC